AUGAAUAUUAGCUCACUAGAGGAGAAACUGAAAAGUUCGCAGGCCAUAGACUUAGUCAGCUCCGAACUAAUGUCAUCUGUCUUGAACGGAACCUCCGAGAGAACAGACCUUUUACUAGACACGGUGGCAAACACCUCUAAAAUAUCAAAGCCAUCUAUUGCUAUACUUCUAAAGAAGGCUUUGGAUGUCUUAGAGCAAAACAGCGCACCGCUUCCGGAAAGAAUAAGAAUAUACAACAGGCUGAUUGAGUGGGCGGAGAAGAACAAAAGAAGCCUGCUAAAAAUAGACUUUGACAUUCGAAAGAUAGAAGGCCUGCUGCUAAUGGGCGAGCACAACGACGCGCUGCGCCUAAUAUCUGAAACUGUUCAGGUUUUGAAGAAGGCAGACGACAAGCUGGCUUUGGUGAAGCUGUACUAUCUGGAGAGCAAGGUCUUCUACGCGCUAAAGAACAUCUCAAAGGCCAAGUCCUCGCUGACUCUGUCCAAGUCAACUGCCACGUUUGUGUACUGCCCUCCGUUCCUGCAGGCCAAAAUAGAUUUGCUGUCAAGCAUGUACUCUGCAGACGAAAAGGAGUACACAAUCAGCACCGGGUACAUAAUAGAGGCGCUGGACGGGUUUGUGCUGUCCCACGACGCGAAAAUGACGGUUUUGUGCUGCAGGUACUUAAUAUUGAUAAAGAUAAUGAACGGGAAGGCGGCCGAGAUAGAGUCUCUGCUGCAGAGCAAAGACGCCUUUGUGCAGAGCCGAGACGACGAGUGCAUAAAAAUUCUGUGCUCUAUUGGAAAGUGCGUGCUGGACAGAGACCUAAGAAAAUGCAGAAGCAUUGUAUAUGAAAACAUGAGCCUGAUUGAGUCGGACGAGUUCCUUAUGAACCAUCUGAAGAGCCUUUGCGACAGCCUUAUAGACUCAAAUAUCCUCAAAAUAAUAGAGCCCUACUCGAACAUAAACAUAGAGUACAUCGGAAACGUGCUCAACUUCAGCCUAGACGUCAUCGAAAACAGGCUGAGAAGAAUGAUACUGGACGAAAAGAUAAAGGGGGAUAUUGAUCAGGAGACAAUGUGCAUAAACAUACAAAGAAACGAAGCGAAAAAAAGCCACAGGGCAGAGGCUGAGGAAAUACUCGAUGUGCUAGACGACACCAUUAACACAAUCCUCACAAAGUAA